AUGGGUGCGACUAUCGUGUGCGUCGAACAGAUCGUGGAUGAGCAGAUGUUGAGGGGGUGGACUAUCCUGACCGACGUGGCGACGGCUGCGCAUUGGCAGGAGAGGAGGGGCAGUUUGACGGGUGGUCGCUGGCGUCUCAUCAGCGCAGACGGCGGCGAUCGCGAGUUGUGCGUCUGCCCCUUCAGCACGUCUCGCCACAAAAGGAAGGCAUACGCUGUGCACUUUGCAGUAGAGCGGGUGAGAAUGGUGGUUGCUGUUGGAUGGACGGCGGCUGAUCGGGUCGCGGAACCGGAGGAAAUGAGAGAACCUGACGCGUAG